AUGUCCAAUCCUGCUAGCAGCUUGGAGGAGGCAGUGAAACAGAGAGUCAGAGAUGGCAAGAUGAGGCGAGAGGAAGUGGAGGAUCCACAACCCGAGGGGAAGAGAUUGAAGCUGGGGAACGAUGGAGGAAGCAUUGGAAUGAAAGGAAGAGAAGGUGGAGAAGAAGAGGAGGAGGAGGAGGAGGCAAGGAAUGGAAUGGCUUCCUUGGUCAGAGAAGAGUCUGGGACCCAGACAGAGGGAGAAGGCCAAACU